AUGAUUGGGAUUCUUCAAGCAACUCUAUCAAUAGAUACUACACUUGAACAAUUCAAAACAAUUAUUGAUAUUAAUUUAAUUGGUAAUAUUGUUAAUGUAACUUCGAUAGCAGGUCUUCAUGGUCAUUCUCCUACGGUAGUAUAUGCAGCAAGCAAACGAGCAAUUAUUGUAUCAACAAAAUCUUUUGAAAGAGAAUAUAUUCUUCAAGGAGUACAUGUCAAUGCAAUUGCACCAGGUGAUACUCUUGCUCCAUUGCUUACAUUUAUUCAGUUCUCUGAAGGAAUUAAUCAAAGUUUAUUCAGUUAUUUUCAACUAUCCGAUAAUCGAUUAGGUCAAUCGGAAGAAAUAGCUGCUGUUGUGGCUAUGCUUGCCUCUCAAGAUGGAUCUUUUAUUAAUGGUGAAGUGAUUCGUAUCGAUGGGAGUGUUAAUGCCUAA